AUGCUACAACUGGUGGCCGAAUUGCCGGGUGUCUUUCGCAGGGGGACUGAGUUUUCAGGAUCGUGCCGGCGACUCUUUGAGGAUCCUUUUGAGGAGUGUACCUACCGCCUACGAAGGCUUGAUGACUUUGCGGCCAAGCUUGCGAAGGAGGGUUGGCACGACUCAGAGUCGGAGCGGUCGGCUCCCGCUGCAAAGCAUCCUUGGCAAGACUCUGAUUCCGCCUUCCUCCGAGCUGUUCCAGACAAGGGCCUGGAGCUGCACAAUGUUUGGAAAGCAGCUUGGGAGUUCUGUCAGGAUGCAUCCAGGUCUGCAGAUGAAGAGGUAGUGCGGCGUACAGCCCUUCAAGCAAUCUGCCGUAGGUUCUCGGUUGCCGAUGGCUGGCUGCGGCAGCGCCUUGCUGACCUGAGGCCACAGUGCAAGGACUUGGUGAUUUUUUUGCCAGUGCUCCGGGCCGAACUUGACAAGCUGAAAGCGGUGUUGACAGCCGUGGCUGCUGGAUCCUCGGGUGCAGAGGCUCUCACUGCCAAGGCUGUGGCAGCAAGAGGCCAGGCAGAGGCCCGAUGUGCCGCAGCGGCAGCGAACGUGAAGUCGCUUGCCCAGAGGGGCCCGCGUCAUCCUGUUCAGAGGCCCAACCGUGCCACAGCUGCAGACAGCCUGCACAGCCCGACUGCGACUGCCGCAUCCCCAAGCUCCCCACAAGCGUCUUCGCCACCACCACCAGUGCAGCCGCCAUCCUCGGCAGUGGAGGGCAUCCAGAGAUGGGUGGAGAGUGUGCGCCAAACUGGAGCUGUAGCUGCAAGUAGCAAUGACAGGGACUGGCGACGGCAACUUGAUUUGUUGAGGGCAGGUUUGACAGGGACUGCAGUGUGCCUGAGCCCAGAGAAGGGCUCCAAGCUCCCAAGCCUUCCAAGCCUCCCAAGUCUCCGUCGCAACUCUUCACCGAAUCUGGAGGAGUGCCCAAUAUGCCUGGAGCCACUUCGACCUCACAAGCAGUCACUGAUCCCACUGGUACCUUUGCCAUGUGGCCACUCCUUUCACGCAGCGUGCGCGUCUCAGUGGCUGCAGAAGUGCCCGCGAUGCCCUAUGUGCCGACACUCGCCUUUCGUGCCUAUGCCCAGCGAAGAUGCCAGCAGUUCUCCGUCUCAUCCUAACUUAUUGCGGGAAGCUAUGCAGGGUUUGAGCUGA